AUGACCGCCACUGCGCCGUCUUCAUCCACCCUCAAGCUGCCCGAGUGCUGGGGCCACCGCGGGGCGUCGGCGGCGUACCCGGAGAACACGCUCGCGAGCUUCCAGCUCGCGAUCCACGACGGCGCGGAGGGAAUCGAAAGCGACGUGCAUGUGUCUCUGGAUGAUGUCGUCGUCAUGUUCCACGAUCCGACGCUCGACCGCACGACAAAUGGGAAAGGCAAGAUCAAGGAGACGAACUGGUUUGGCGAGGGCGGGAUGGAGCACCUGAAGACGACGAAGACGCCCGUGCAGUCCAUCCCGACCUUCGUGCAGACCGUUGAGCUGCUCAUGAAGGUGCGCCUCGUCCCCGCCCGCAAGCUCGAGCGUGAACACCGGAGCCUUGACACGCGCGCGCACGGGGCAGCCCGAGAACAAGCACGCACGUUCAACGUCGACGUCAAGAUCUUCAGCGAGCCCCUCCACCUCUUCACGCUCAUGCACGAAAUCAUCGCCGCGCAGCCGAACUGGCAGACGGAGCUGGCGCCGCGGAUCCUGCUCGGCCUCUGGCACCCGCGCUUCCUGCCGCAGGCGAAGGCGAUCCUCCCGUACUGCAAACGGUCGUUCAUCGGCAUCAGCCCGAGCAUCGCGCGCUCGUACUUCUGGGACGACUGCGAGGUGUUCUCCAUCCACUUCUCCGCGCUCGCGACGUGGGAGGGGCAGAGGUGCGUUAUCGCGGACGCACAAAAGGCGGGGAAGAGGAUCAUGGUGUGGACGGUGAAUGACCGUGCGCACAUGCUCGAGGCGACGCGGUGGGGUGUGGACGUUAUCCUUACGGACAAGACGAAGAUGUGGCUGGACCUCCGGGAAGAGCUCAAGAAGGACUAUGCGCAGAUCAUGUCGACCCACAGCAGCAUGUUCCUCUGGACGUCGGUGCGGUUCUGGUCGCCGUCGCUUCGGUUCUGGGAGAUGGUGGCUGGGUACUAUCUCCAGAAAUACGCCAAUACAGAGGAUCCUGCAGACGAUUGGGAUGAGGCCUGCCCAUCGACGCCGUCUGCCCGCCGAAUCGUCCUCGGACGCGUCCGCGUCUCCCAUCCGCCAUGUAUCUCCUCCUCCUCCUCAUCCCGCCGUGCGACCCAUCGCAAGCGGGCCUCCGCCCUCCGCCUCUCCUCAGACUCCACCGUCACUACCCUUCCGCUCUACACCUCCCCUCCGCGGCAGAGAGUUGGAGACCUUGCGGAGAUCCCCUUUGAACAGCCUCCGGCAUACCCAGACAGUGCGGAGGAGGCUGACGAAGACACAGAUCCCUCCGACUCGGAGAGUGCGGCCGUCUACAUCCCCAGUCCACCCUCGAGCCUCCCCGUCUCCCCACGGAAUCGCGCGCGCCGCUACCAAGCCUCGGCGCGCAGCAUCGGCCACCGGAGACUGCAGAGCAUCGCGACCAGCCAGAGCGAUCCCUAUCUGGACUCUCUGUUGGAGCGCAGCGUCCACGCGCUUGAAAUGUCAAACGCACUGCUGCAGUCGUCCAUGUCCACCCAGACGAGCCUCUCGGCCGUGCUCGCGGACGACAGCGCAGAUCGCCACCUGGAGGAGCGCACGCAGCGGCUGGCGUCGAAGAUGAAGGACGAUAAGGACAUGCAGGCGUCAUGGAUGGACGAGUUGGAUGAGAUAUCACGCCGGGUGGAGGGCCUCGUCGAGUCAGACGGCGAGCACGGUGACCAUGCGUCCGUAUCGUCACUGGGCGCACCGGCCCCGCUCAGCCAGAGUCUGCCAACGUCAAGUCUGUUGGAGCAGAUGGAGUCUAAGGGCCGACGGCGGACUUCUCACGAGAUGCGCAGGCACCAGCCGUCCCAAUCGACGUCGAGCUUGCAGCUAUCUGCCCAUGACCGGAGUCAUUUCAUCGCUCCCGCCCCCGCGCGCUCACGGUGUACAUUGACUCCUCCGAGGGCGCGCACGAAAUCGGCCUCCCCUCCACCCUGGGCGUUCGCUUGGACAACCGUCCACCACGCACCCCCGUCCCCUCCCCGUCCGGCUUCCAGCAACCAAACAUCCCGGAAGAGGACGAAGAACCAGAGCCUGCCCCGGUGUCUGCGCGUGCGUCGACCGACCAGCCGCGACGAGUAG